AUGUCGGCACAUGCGGUCAUAUGCGGAAAGAACUACCCCAAAGAACGCACUGCUUCCACAUCAAUAUUCAAGAACUAUCGCCGCCUCAUGGUUUCAAUGGCGAUCAAGUUCGGUGAGCGACCAAUAUGCCCGUCGAAAAAGGAUACCGGUAACAGCAAGGCAUAUGUGGACAUUGUGAAAGAUGCCUUUGGUUAUAAUGGCAGUCACAGGCGUCAAAUGGACAUUGUCAUUCUAUUACCAAUCAAAUGA